ACAGUAAAUGUGAAGAGCGCGUGCGCUAGAAACCGGAAAUUAGAAGAUUUCGCCGAUUGUGCUUUAAUAUCGAUAUUAUAUAGAUUUAAAAGUCUUUUAUUGGAAUCUUUCAAACAAGAAAUAUGGCAACAAGCAUGGAAGUGGACGCUGAUAGCACAAAUGUGAUGGCUCCAUCCGGUACUCCUGGUAGUGUAACGAUAGCCUUGCAUCCUUUGGUUAUAAUGAAUAUAUCUGAGCACUGGACUAGGAUUCGUGCACAAAACGAAGGGAAAUCUCAGCAAGUCAUUGGCGCUUUAAUCGGAAAACUUUCCGGAAGAGAUAUGGAAGUUAUGAAUUCUUUCGAACUGGUCUUUCAAGUAAAUAAUGGUGAAAUUUUCAUUGACAAGGAUUAUUUAACAAAGAAAGAUUCGCAGUUCAAACAAGUAUUUAGUGAAUUAGAUGUUCUUGGUUGGUAUACAACAGGUGGAUCUCCAACACAGAAUGAUAUUCAAGUCCAAAAACAGAUGGGAGAUCUUUACGCUAGCCCUAUACUCUUGAAACUCAAUCCCCAAGUUAAGCACACAGAUCUCCCUGUUUUUGUCUACGAAUCUGUCAUAGAUAUAGAGAAAGGCGAGACAAAGAUGCUAUUUGUCGAACUAGAGUACAUAUUAGCCACUGAAGACGCCGAAAGAAUAGGUGUGGAUCACAUUGCUCGAACUUCAACAUUAAGUGAAGCACAAUCCCCUAUCGGAUCGAGCAUGGCCGCCGAUCACCUGCAAGCUCAGCAUAGUGCCGUCCGAAUGUUACAUUCUCGAGUGAAAAUAAUCCUUGAAUAUUUAAAAGCUAUGGAACAGGGAAAAUUACCGAAACGCCCAGAUAUACUUAGAGAUGUUCACAGUCUCUGCCAUCGUUUACCAGUUGUUAAAACGAAAGAAUUCAAUCAAGAAUUUCUAAAUCAAACAAAUGAUGUACACUUGAUGGCUUAUCUGGCAACAAUAACAAAAAGCUGUAAUAAUGUCAAUAAGUUUGUUACGAAAUUUAACACGUUGUACGAGAAACAGGGUAUGGGCAGACGUGUAAGAGGAUUGUUUUUUUAAAGGGAAAAUAGCUUAAAAUUUUACAUAAAAGAAAGAAAUAUAUUAAUAUUUCAUAAAUUUUCUAUGGCAAUAUCAACUAUUCUGUUGAAUACAUUUAUGCUAUAAACAAUUUCAACAAUUAUAAGUUACAGAAAAAUUCAAGAUACUUGAAAAUGAAAUUAUUAAUAAAAUUUAAUGAAC